GCACGUGAGCGGGCACCCCGCGCCGGCUGGAGGACCUGCAGGCAGAACCCGCGGCGGGUGAGGGUCAAGGGUCACGGGGCGGCGGCCCACCAUGGCGCAGGUGGUGGUGGUGGGGUCCUGCAUGACCGACCUGGUCAGUUGUACCACUCGUCUGCCAAAACCAGGAGAAACCGUCAUUGGACAUAAGUUUUUCAUUGGCUUUGGAGGGAAAGGAGCCAAUCAGUGUGUCCAAGCUGCUCGACUCGGGGCCAAGACCUCAAUGAUAUGCAAAGUUGGGAAGGAUUCCUUUGGCAAUGAAUACAUUGAAAAUUUCAAAAGGAAUGAGAUUUCUACAGAAUUUGUAGGUCAGACUGAGGAUGCUGCUACAGGAGCUGCUUCAAUAAUUGUCAACAGUGAAGGUGAGAAUGUUAUCGUCAUAGUCCCAGGAGCCAACUUGCUUGUGGAUUCUGAAGACCUGAAGAGAGCUGCUGAUGUCAUUUGUAAGGCCAAAGUGAUUGUUUGCCAGCUAGAAAUAACACCUGCAACAUCUCUUGAAGCCCUGAAAAUGGCACAUGCCAGUGGAGUAAAGACCUUAUUUAAUCCUGCUCCAGCCCAGGCUGACCUACAUCCACAAUUUUACACUCUUUCUGACAUCCUCUGCUGCAAUGAAACUGAGGCAGAAAUUUUAACAGGCCUCCCAGUUGGCAACCCUGAAGAUGCCGGGAAGGUGGGAUCCCUACUACUAGAAAGAGGCUGUAAGCUGGUAAUUGUCACUUUGGGGGCAGAAGGCUGUGUGAUGAUAUCAAAGGAAGAUCCCAUUCCAAAGCAUGUUCCUGCUGGGAAGGUCAAGGCCAUGGACACUACGGACUGUGACACAAGCUGCAGCCCUGUUGUGUUCAUAUUUGUACAGUCAAGUAAUUCAUCAUCUCUAGAAUUCAAAUGAUCCUGCUGUUUAUGGAGUGGGAGAAAGGAGGGAAUGCUGCCCUCUGACUCUGAAAAUUGAAUGGCUGACUCUUCCUACACAGGUCUGAACUGCUUUCCCAGACAAAAAGCCCUGCCUUAAUCUAGCCUAAUUAGUGUCAGGUGCUCAGUUUCCACAGAAGGUGGUGAAAAGGCACAAAUAACAUACUGCAUCUGAUAAAGGAUACCUAGCUUUUAGUCCUUAUUAGUUACUCUAGUCCAUUUUUCCUCUCUGUUCAAAGUGAAAGGCAGAAUGCCCUACCUUAAUUGAACAUUACGGCCAAAACAAACGCAUCAGUAAAAUCAAUAGUUAAGCUUUUCAUGGCUAUGGGACUUUACUGCAUUGCACAUAUAAGGCUAUUUUGUGCUCUUAGUUGCAUCUGACGUAAAUCCGAACUAAAUCCAGUGGAGUUACUGAGAGUUGUGUUUGACCCCCUGCAUGUGCUAACUAUACUUUUAAAUGUCUGAAAUAAUAACAUCACAUUACAUAUGUUCUGCUACACUAAAAACAUUGCAGAAACACUUGGAGAUUUGGCCAUCUGGUGCAUUCUAUAUUUGAGCUGUAUUAAUAAUAAUAUGUGGUUCUUAUAUAAUGCCAUUCAGCCAAAGCGCUACAAGUGCUUUUCAAAGGAAGAGACUAUCAUUACUUUACAAAGGGGGAAACUGAGGCACAGAGCACUGAAAUGACCUACCAAGUGGCAGCCAGUGACAGAGCUAGGAAUAAAAUCCACUUCACUCAAACAGAGGGUUCAUUAUUACAAGGUUUACAUUGUGAUUCAUUGAUAUAUUAUGGGGCUUCAUAUUUCACCUUUAAAUUUCAUUAUGUUCAGAUUAACUCUACAGUUCAUGCUAAAUUGUUUUCUUCUUCACCACCCUGCUCCCUGCCCUUCUGUCAUUAAGAAGUUUUGUGAUGACUCAGAUCCAUUGCCCUUAAUGGAGGCAACAUUAUCUGGUGGAUAGGAAUAAAGAGACGAGGAGUUCAGUUCCUGUUGCCGCCAUCUCUGCCAUUGAAUUGUGAUCUGAUCUGGAGCUCACUGCUUCAUUUCCCUGUCCUUCAUGUCACUGAGUGUGUUUUCACAGCGUGGGUUACAGAAGGGAUAAAGAACCAUGAGUGAACCACCACUUCCUAAAUUGUCACUGGGUCAGCUAAUGUUUGCUAACUGAAGAUAUCUGCAGUAGUUGGGAUACUCUAGCGGUGCUGAAAGGGCACACUGUGGCUGAAAAGUACCUUUUGUCUUGUUUGGCAGUUUAGAACUUCCUGACUUAACUGUUUUAAUAGUCCUGUUUUUCAUACAGUGAGAUAUAUUUUUUAAGCUUCCCAAGUCCUUGUCCUGCCUCCUUGUGGCGAGCAGGUUAUUGUGAGAGUUGUUACAGUUCAUUUUAUUAAUCUUCUUAAAUAACAGUGGGUUGUUUCAAUGUAACAGCUGUGCUCAGUUUACUCUUGGAGACUGAAUGAAAAAAACGUGUUGGCCUUCCAUUAUAAAUGCCUAGUGAUCCUUGGCCUGAUAAUUACUGUUCAGUAAAGCAAGUGCCUUUAAAGAAAUCUUCUAAAUACUA